CUGUAAACAAAAAAACGAACGAAAAGAAGCGUACGCAGUGUCUGGUUUCGUUGUGAAGCGGUAGAAAAAGUUGAAAUAUUUCCUGAAAUGGUCUCGCUUGGGCCCAAAAAGGAUGGUGGCCCCAACGCGGAGUUCUUCACCGCCCCGGAAUCGUUGCAAGGAUUCGAAACUGUGCGACAAUGGUUGCAGAAAAACUGCAAAAAGUAUUUGGCACCGGAUCCACCAACAAAAGAAUCAUUGGCCCAUUUGAUUGUACAAUUUGUACAGUACCAAGAAACAAAACUGGGCAAAAAUUCGCAAGAACCGCCCACAACCCGUCUGCCGAUGCGUUGUUUUAUGGACUUUAAACCUGGGGGUGCACUGUGUCACAUUCUAGCCACAAUGUAUCGGUAUAAAGCGGAACAGCGCUGGCGCAAAUUUGAUUUCACAGUGAACAAGAACCCAAUGCGAAAGGACCCCGUAAUACAGAUGCUGCUGGACAUGGAGACGGCCCUGAUCGAAGCUGAAUGCAUGAGGCUUCCGAUCGUGUACAUCCGUCCGGAGGUGGACAAGACAACCGCGAACCGUAUCACGGACAUCGUCACCAAUCAUCAGGGUGAGAUGACCCCGGACGAGGAGGAAGCAACCCACAUCGUAUAUCCACCGGUUGAUCCACUGCCGGAGGAUUACGCUCGUCCUACGUUCCGUCGCGAUAAGCACGUUAUGAUCCACUGGUAUUACUUCCCGGAAUCGUACGACACUUGGGUGCCGAAUACGUUUGAUUUACCGGAAAACAUUCCGGACUGUCCCCAAUCGCCCGGUGAUCGUUGGCGUGUGUCAGCCUCCUGGAUCACCGAUCUGGAAGAGUACAACGAAUGGAUGGCCGAGGAAGACUACGAGGUCGAUGAGGCUGGUCGCAAGAAGAUACACAAGCAUCGUUUAGGAGUGGAAGAUUUAAUGUCGGGUAGCGUUGAUGAUAAGAUCAAAAAGGCCAAGGUGGUUCAUCCGAAGCGUAAGCGGUCACCAUCUCCGCAAGCCAAAGGUGGCAAAAGGAAGAGCGGUCGUUCACCGGCAGUUUUUCCAAAAAAACCCCGAGCAGACGAUGAGGAAUCGGAAGAUAUGACUAAGGAUAUGGAUGAUCCACAACCGGAAACUAACCUUACUGAGGUAAAAGCAGGUUCAAGCAAUUCUGCAUCUGGACCGGCGACUCCACAGCCUAAGCGCGACCCGGAAAUGAUGCCCCUCAAGUAUGCAACGAUGACUGAUCUGGAUGAUGAUAUAGAUAGAGCGAAUGCCGAACGCGGAGGUGGAGACGACAGUCAAGCUGGUAAAACCAGUGAUAACAGUAACACUCAAGAGUUCCCUCACGGAAAAGACGAUAUGGAAGAUAAUGUAACAGAACAAACGCAUCAUAUAAUAGUUCCAUCGUACUCCGCAUGGUUCGAUUACAAUUCAAUACACGUGGUAGAGAAACGCGCCCUUCCCGAGUUUUUCAAUGGGAAAAAUAAAUCCAAAACACCGGAAAUCUUUCUCGCUUAUCGCAAUUUCAUGAUUGACACCUACCGUUUGAAUCCAACGGAAUACUUAACCAGUACCGCUUGCCGUCGUAAUUUGGCUGGUGAUGUCUGUGCUAUAAUGCGAGUGCAUGCUUUCCUCGAGCAGUGGGGUCUGAUCAACUAUCAGAUCGAUGCCGAAUCACGUCCCACUCCCAUGGGUCCUCCACCGACAUCACAUUUCCAUGUACUGAGCGAUACUCCAUCCGGUCUACAACCGUUGAAUCCUCCAAAAACAGCACAACCAUCGGCAGCAAAGAAUUUACUUGAUUUAGAUAAGAAGAUGGAUAAGAAAGAGGAUUCACCUGCCGGUGCUGGAGGUGGUCUAGUUCCAGGAUUAGGUGGACCAUUAUCGGGCUUGGGCAAUGAUCCCAUCAAAACCGAACCCGGAUUAGUUGGUUCCGAUCCGAGUGCUACAUUUGGUCUCCGAUUAGAUCAAUAUGCCAAAAAACCGUCGGCAAUGCGACACAAAACGGCGGCCAGUAUGUCCCGCGAUUGGACAGAUCAGGAAACCUUGUUACUUCUGGAGGGACUGGAAAUGUAUAAGGAUGAUUGGAAUAAGGUGUGUGAGCAUGUCGGUUCUCGUACGCAGGAUGAGUGCAUUCUGCAUUUUCUUCGGCUGCCAAUCGAGGAUCCCUAUCUUGAAGAUGAUAACACCUAUUUGGGUCCACUCUCCUAUCAGCCAAUUCCAUUCAGCAAAGCUGGCAAUCCGAUUAUGUCGACUGUAGCAUUCCUGGCUUCGGCUGUUGAUCCCAGAAUCGCAGCAAGUGCUGCAAAGGCUGCCAUGGAGGAGUUCGCUGCUAUUAAGGAUGAGGUUCCGGCUACGAUGAUGGAUGCCCAUUUGAAAAACGUCGAGAAGACCAGUUUUGGGGGUAAAUUUGAUCCUUAUGCUGGGCUAGCAGCAAGUGGAAUAGCCGGUACUGAACCGGACAAAGAUAAAGAAGAGGAGGAAAGCAAAACCAGUGGAACCCCGGGUGGUACUGCUCCCGCCACCCCUGGGUCUGCAGACGUCGAGAUGAAAGAUCUUUCGAAAAAGGAUGAAGAGAAAGAUAAAGAAACCGAUAAAUCGGUCGCUAAAUCACCAUCUUCUGAAGACGGUACUAAAUCAUCUGAUUCUAACGCUGCGGCAGGAAAUGAACCAGCAAAAACAGCGGAAGGAACCGACGGCGAUAAAAGCAAGGACAAAGAUUCCGAAGUGGCUAAGGAAAACGGUGAUCCGAAAGUUUUCAACGAAGGAAACCUGCAGGCGGCAGCAGCUGCUGCUCUGGCGGCCGCUGCCGUCAAGGCUAAACAUCUCGCUGCUGUUGAAGAACGAAAAAUCAAGAGUUUGGUGGCUUUGCUUGUUGAAACACAAAUGAAGAAACUGGAGAUUAAGCUGCGUCAUUUUGAAGAGCUUGAAACAACAAUGGAGCGAGAACGGGAGGGAUUGGAAUAUCAAAGGCAACAGCUAAUCCAGGAACGUCAGCAGUUUCAUUUGGAACAACUGAAAGCUGCCGAGUUCCGUGCCCGUCAACAGGCGCACCAGCGAUUCCAGUUGGAGCAAGGUCAGUGGCAGCAACCGCCCGUAAGCGGAGCACCGGGAGUGCCACCACCAGGUGUUAUACCACCAGCACAGCAGCAACCACAGGGACUUCCACAAGGACCGCCAGGGCCAAGCCAGGGAUCGGUGCCUACCACUGGAUCUAACCCUCAACAGCCGCCCUCAAUGCCAUCUUCCGGUGGACAUCUUGGGGGACCUGUACCGAACCAGAACAACCCUCCCAGCAGCAACGGACUUAUCUCAGCUCCCCCUACUUCGAUGUCUACCGAAGGUUCUACUCCAAAUAACACAAUGCCCCCGGCAGGGCCUGGUCAGCUAGUUUCUUCGCAGCAUCCCCAGGGUACGACGGUACCUCCGCAUCAGCAGCUGCCUCCACAUCCGGGACAUCCCGUAGGCGGCCCUAUGCCAGGAGGAGCGCCAGUUCCACAUCAUCAGCCGCCGAUUCCACAUCAUCCACCGCCGCCACCACAGCAACAACCGCCACAACAGGCUCCUUUACCACCCACGCAGGGACCUCCACCACCACCAAUCGGGCCAGGAAACGCUCCACCACAGGGUCCCCCAGGGCAAACUCCGCCAUCCGUUGGCAGCGGCCACAUUCCCCCUACGUAAGCCACUAACAACAUUACCCUAUUCGUAUUACAUAGACGUAGAAUGGAUGACAUCGAUUUGACUUGCACUAACCAGCCUCGUGUUAAAUAUUUUACCUAAUCUACGUACUGUCGUAGGGACGUUUCUCAUCGGUAGAUUCCGUAAUGCAGCUGGAAAUGGCGGCAGUAGAAUUCAAUCGCAAAGAAAAAAAACAAAAUAAAAUAAUUUUAAGACACUUGAUUUCCGGAACCGCAAUUGUGGAAAACAUUACGCGAAUGAUCUGUUUGACUCACUAGAUGUGUUUAGUUUUUUUUAAUUCGUACCACAUAUGCUUAAUAUAAUUUUAUUUUAGGGAGUA